AUGUCGCUCCACAGCCUGUCCCCUCUCCUGGUGAAGUGUGAAGACUGCAGCUCCAUAUGGGCCCCACACCUGCACCACGCACCAGCCGGGGGCCUCGCAAAGAGCAGUCAUCUCACCAGCUCAGAGGGCCAACGACGCCGAGCGACGGAGGAGAAGGAGCUCUGUGGAGAAAAAGGCUGUGGCCGAGACAGGAGCGAGGGAGACGUAAUGACUGGAGAGAUGGUGAAGGAGAUACACAGGAAGCAUGGCUCUUUUGUUGGAGGGGUCGCCGUAGCAACCAGGAUGGCUGUGUGCAUCGGGCUUGCACAUGGGCACAAGUUUUAA